AUGUCUGCUUCAGAGCUGAUUGAGCUGAAGAAACAGUUAGAGGAUCUUCCUGAGAAGAAGUUUGUUCGAUCGAGUGUUUCACUGUGGGAAGCGUCGGUGUUAUUAGUUAUGAAAGAAUAUGGUAGCAUGAGAUUGUAUGUUGACUAUCAACAAAUGAACAAGGUUACUAUCAAGAAUAAGUAUCCACUUCUUAGAAUUGCUGACUUGAUGGAUCAGCUGGUUGGUGCUUGCGGGUUUAGCAAGAUUGAUUUGCAUUCAGAUCAGUUCAUGGUUGUGCUCAUCGAUGAUAUUUUGAUUUAUUCAAAGUCAUAUGAAGAGCAUGUGAAUCAUGUGAGAAUUGUGUUGCAAACCUUGAAAGAGAAAAAGUUGUAUGUGAAGUUAUCUAAGUGUGAGUUAUGGUUCAAAAAAGUGAGUUUCCUUGAUCAUGUGAUGUCUAGUGGUGGUAUCACAGUGGAUCCAUCGAAGAUAGAUGCAAUGUUGCAAUGGGAGACUCUGAAGUCUGUUACUGGGAUCAGAAGUUUUCUUGGUUUGGCUGGUUACUACAGAAGUUUUAUCGAAGGCUUUUUGAAGAUAAGUCUAGGUGGUGCAUUGAUGAAAAAUAUUCAGGUUGUGGCUUAUGCUUAUAGGCAGUUGAAAUUUCAUGAGAAUAAUUAUCCUGCGCAUGAUCUAGUGUUGGCAGAUGUGGUGUUCGUGUUGAAAAUUUAG